CACGAGAACAUCCCGAAGGAUUCCGAUUUUUUGUGCGACGGAAUCUCAAAAUUAUCGUACGGUACGUUAUGAGAAAGUCGCAUCUGUCGGUUUUUCCAGAAGACCCCGCAUCAAACAUCUCUCUCAAGUGCCAGUCAUUGAGUUCUCACAACCAAUUCUCCACCGACACACAACCUGUGAUUCACUGUCCCACCAUGUCUAACACCGCACGUUCUGUMGCAACCAAACUAUUUGACCUUACCGGGAAGGUCGCCAUCGUGACCGGAGGCGGAACCGGCAUCGGAGCUGGUUUGGCCCAGGGAAUGGCCGAAGCCGGUGCCAAAGUCGCUCUCGUCGGACGCCGGGCCGAUCGCCUCGAGGAAACCGCCACAARCAUCAACGAGGUUGUCGGAGAAGAGCGCGCCUUUUCCCUCCCCGCCGACGUUCUSAAGUACGACGAACACCCCGAYCUGAUCCUGAAGGCCCAGAGCAUCACUGGAGGAGGACCUCCGCCCACYAUCCUUCUCAACAACGCCGGCAUCAACGUCCGUCAAAAGGCCGAGAACCUCACACCCGAGCACUGGACGGUCAGUCUCGAUCUGAUGCUGACGGCCCCCUUCUUUUUGGCCCGGGCUAUGUCGGACGCCAUGAAGCAAGAAAAGUACGGCCGAAUCAUGAACAUUGCCAGUCCCCAAUCCUACCUGGCCUUCCCCGAUUCCAUUCCGUAUGCCGCCGCCAAGUCCGGAAAUCUCGGCUUGGCUCGCGCCAUGGCGGAGUACUUUGCUCCCUACCACGGAUUCGAGAAUGUCACCGUCAACAACAUCUCUCCCGGGUACGUCAAGACGGAAUUGACCGAAUCGGUCUUUGCGGACACCGAACGGGCCGGACGAUUGGCCCAGCGUACAUUGAUUGGAAGAAACUCGGUCCCCGACGACAUGGUCGGAACCGUYGUUUACUUGUCUUCGGAGGCCUCUAACUACGUCACGGGGCAGACCAUUCCMGUCGAUGGAGGAUUCACCGCUCUUGGAUUGCGAUAGUAGACUUAMUUCUUGAAYUCACGAAGAGUGAAUCGAGAGAAGGGUCACGACAACGGCGAUGUGUCGUGCCCAUUCGUCGCAAGCGCUCUACGGAUGAAGCUUCUAGUACAUAAAUUCAUGUUAAAUCAAGUAGUAGGACGAAGCUACUCUAUGUAAGAAAGUUAAAAAAAGAAGUACAAGUACUACUCAAUACCGUUUUGUAAGAGACAUGAGGAAAUUCAUGACAAAUCUAUAGCAUUCAGAAACCCGAUGAUUACCAAUGAACAAUUUGAACAAUUUCAUUGGUGUACUAGUUUUAGUUGGCCGUGACACGAACGCAAAAAGAGGCUUGACGCUGCGGGUUUGAGUGGUGAUAGCAUCAUAGUGGAACGACUUUUCCCACCGGUGACACGAUCGGUACGACAUAAUCGAUCGAGCCCUUGAUCGUUUGCAAUUAUAGCUUUCUCUAUGGACGGGAGUCCGAAAUCGACUAAGAAAUAGAUACCAGUACCUACCAGGCUUCUGAUUUGGUUCAACCGUUCGUGGYAAAAUGCUGGUAAUGGUAAUUGUUAAAAUUGUUUUGUAUGGAUUAUGACGCAUGGAACUGAUUCUACACAGAUGUAAAAAAUGACUUCCAGAUUUGGAUGGGAACACGAGGGCUUGGUUUGAAAACGAUGUUUCUGAAUACUCUACUACGACCAAAGCCGUUGAACGUUCAAGCAAAUGAUCGAUCUUGUUGUAAUUGUAACAUACUACGGUUGAUCAAGACAAUAACCUUUCUUCUGUUCGACUGGGAAAAUGAUGCCGUAUUGAAUUGAGAGCGAUACUGUCGUCAGCACCAUCCGAUGCAUUCCCGCGCAAAUUGGCGUUUGCGUCAACAUUUCUAUCGGUGGCCUGAGGUCUAUCAACCAAGGGCAYCGAAAAAGCAGAUAGAAARACGUCUUGUUUGUAUUGCUCAAAGCGCAAUUUCGCAAAAAGGUAGGCACUUGCAAUGGACAUCACGAAAUAAACCCCAAGAACCGUGAAUCCAAUCGGCCUUUGRRUUUCCGGAUUGGGCAUUGAAAGAACCUCGACAACRCAAACAAGAGCAAGAACAAUGAUAGUCACAACGAGAGCUAUUCCUACCAUCGAAACUGACUUGUAGUAUUUGCGUUUGUCACUCUUUGUCUUCCCCCYAAUUCUAAUCUGUUCCAAAUGUGACUCAAUUAACUCAGGAGUGCAAGCGGACUUUGGUUCCCCCUUCAACAAAAUUAAGUCAAUGUCGCUAUCAAUCSCUUUUGGGUUGGUUGUUUGGAACCAUCGAAAGUAUUCAGUAUCAUCAUUUCUCGGAAUAUAUGAGCUCGUCGUACUCCCYUUCAUUGCAUGUUUGAAUUGUCUGUAAUUUUGACCUUCWUUCCUAUUAGGAGGAAGGCUUCUGCUGCGGUAUGUUUCCACCUCUUCAAUCUCAAGGAYAUCGGGAGCGCAGGAAUUGACAGAAAAAGAGUUGGCACAAUUUAUCACCAUUUCAUUCUCUAUUGGAUUGCAACACAUGGGAGAAUUCGGACUUUCUUUGGGGACGGUAUAGACAACCAACAUACGAUAGUCGGUGUGUUGUUGUUCGGAACUUGCACACUCCAUCCCUAACUGCUGCCGCUGUCGCUCRAUGUCUUCUUCUCUGACGUAGUCCGUAAUGCUACUAGCGUACCCCUCUGCUUUCACCCCUGUCUUCGACUUUGGAAGUACCGAAGCGACCUUUGGUGCCUUCCUAUUCUUCUUCCUGUAUUGUUUGCGUCUUGUCUCAGAUGCGCAUACCGCGAGUGGUUUGCAAGUUAAGACUCUCCCGACACGAUGUUCCGUAUUAGUUGGCCGCGAGUACUGUUURACRAAGUGAUAGGAAGCAAAUUGGUGRAAGUACAUGCCAACUAAACCAAAUAUGCAUAA